UUUCCUCAUUUGUCAAACCAUCUGCUCUCUCUGUUUUUUUCCCCAUAAAAUUCUGUUCCAUUUUUCCUUUUAUGCCAGCACUAGUCAUUUUUUAUCAACUUUACAUCAUCAUCUUCAAAAAUCUAGGAAAAAGAAUGGUGCAAUGAUCACUAACAUACCAAGAAAUAACUUUGCAUUGUUCAUUUCCCCCCAAAAAAAAAAUAUUUCUUUAUAACUUAGAAUCUUUUAGUUCUUCUUCCUACAAAACAAACUUCUCUUUUUUAUUUUUCCACGACAUAAUACUAGCAAAAUUCAUAAAACAUAUCAUCAUAAAACAAAAACACCCACGCGCACUUACAUUUGUAAAACUCAAACGCGCCUUGAAACCUUAAUUACCGGGCGCGUGAGAGUGUACGAGGAAGAAAGCGCGUGAAAGGGUCAAACACUAAGGCUGUGUUUGGUAAUGGAGAGAGAAAGAAAGAAAAAUAGAAGUAGAAGAAUUUACAGAAAAAGAAAUUGCUAUUUCUGAUCAGACACACAAACGAAAUAAGAGUAUUGGAAAAGAGCGAUCUGAAAGAGAGAGUGUUGAAGGUGAGUCUUCUUGGUUUCUUGAUAUAGAACACUGAAUUGAAAUUCAAAGCAAUUUGUAGAGCAAUGGAAGAAGAAGCUAUUUGGGUUUCAAUGAACAAGCAAUUUGAACUUAAUUGAAUUGGGAAAAAUAAAGUCUUUGGGUUUACUUGGAGUUGCAUAGAGGUAUUAGAGAUUGAGGGGUUUUCUUGGUUUUAAGGUUGGAGUUUGAUUGGUACUGAGAAUUUGAAAAUUUUCAAGAUUGGGAUUUUUGGAGGGAGAGUUAGUUGAGAAUUAUGGAUCUCUAGCUGGGGUCUUAACCCCUUCAAUAGUUAUACUGUUGCAAGUUGGAAUUUUGGAUAUGGGGUUUGAUUCAGCAUUGCCUGAAUUGCCAUUGGAGGAAUACAAUCUUGUUUCCACUAUGGGUUUUUGGAAUUGGGGAAAACCCUAAUUUUGUAUUCUGACUUGUUGUGACACUUGAAAACAGUAGAAAUUUUGUGCUCUUUUGCUUGUUAUGUGUUGACAGAGAUGCAAGUCAUGCAACCGCCACAUCAGCAUUCGCGAAUCAAUCUUGCUGAACUGAAAGCUCAGUUAGUGAGGAAACUUGGACCUGAGAAGUUUAAACAGUACUUUUAUUACUUAAAUAGGUUAUUGAGUUUGAAAAUAAGCAAGGUUGAGUUCAAUAAGCUUUGUCUUAGGAUAUUGGGCAGAGAGAACAUUCCACUGCAUAAUCAGUUCAUUCGUUCCAUUUUGAGAAAUGCUUGUAGCGCAAAAGUUCCACCGCCAACUCAGGAGACUGAUGCUUUGAAGCCUGGUGCAGCAGUUGGCAGUAAUGGGUCCCCAAAUGAUGCUUAUGAGCAAAAUGGAUCGCAUGUUUCUUCAAGCCAGGCUUCAAGUCAACCAGGUUUGUCUAAUGGGGAUAUUCUCCCAUUAUCUCCUGGAAAGGCCAGAACAAGCUUUCUUGAUCGUAGGACUGGGGAUCGCCGUACUGUGCUUGGUCAAAACGGGAAGACCAAUUUCACUAUUCAACAACCGACAGCGACAGAAUCAAGUUUUGAUGUUAUGGAGAAUGGGGAUACCAAUCCACCUGAUGCACGGAGGGCUGUGCAGCAUUAUCAAGGACUCUUGCAGCAGGCUGAUGAUGAAAGGGAGGCAUCUGGUCAAGAAACUGCUAGAUUUUCUGUAAUAAAGAGAUCACAGGAAGGUCCAGUUUCAGUAUAUAAAAAUGACGGGAAAGAUAUGCAUGCAAGGAGCCAGCUCCAAGCUCCGCUUGGGGUUCCAUUUUGCCCUGUUAGUGUUGGUGGAGCACGUAAAGCGUUGCCUUUGGCAACAAAUAGUAAAUGUGUUACCUCUUCUAGUUGUGGUGCUUUGUUGGAUAGUGUAUCUCUGAGGGAACGCAUGGAGCAGAUUGCUGCAGAACAAGGCCUUGAAGGAGUGGCCAGCAGUUGUGCCAACUUGUUGAACAAUGGAUUAGAUGCUUACUUAAGAGGUUUAAUUCGAUCUUGUGUUCAACUUGUUGGGGCAAGGUCAGGGCAUGAGCCUAUAAUAAACAACACCAAAAAGCAGCAGACCCAUAUGAAGCUCGUCAACGGCCUCAGACCUGGUCUUCAUUCUCAAAUAAGUAGUAGUAGUAGACCUUCAGAAGUCAUGCAAGGACAUGCUCCCAAUAACUUGAUAUCGUUGCAAGAUUUUAGGGUUGCCAUGGAGCUGAACUCCCGACAACUUGGCGAAGACUGGCCAUUGCUGCUGGAAAAAAUAUGUACACGCUCAUUUGAAGAAUAAGCCCUACGUGAACUUUGUUAUAUUCCAGUUGAAUUUGUGAUCCCUACUGGAUCAAAGGGCAGUGUUCCUCUCAGGAUUUCUGCGCAGCUGCAGCAUUACAGCUUUUGUGACCCUUUUGAACCAGUCAACAACUCUUGGGGUCAAUGUUGUCUCUUGAAGAUGAUAGGCACGGAGCCCAGAAUCUUUGUCUUACCUGCUACAGGGCUUAACUUUGCCUGGAAACACCCUAUUUCUUAGCAACCACUGAACGGGACUUGAAGAAAGGAACGCCCGCGUUGGUUGUGCUGUUGUAUGAUUAGCAUAAUUCUUUCUGGAUAUUUUCUGCAUUCUCCCUCCUGUAAUUUACAGUAAAGAGAAAAUUUGGCACAAGUUUGCAGGAAUAAUUCUGUAGCCUAGGACUUUAGUAGAAAGGUGAAACUAGAUGAUCAAGAAAUGCUGUGUAUCUUCAACAUCAAGAUUGAUUGAACCUCAAUAUUAACAACACGUUUUCACCUGUAGGUUUAUAUCUUACAAUUUUUAGUUCUAGAUUGAUGUUCAUUGGGUCUGUGACCCACUUUUGUAUUUAUCUUUUCUUACUGUGUUCAUUGUAUACCGCAGAACAGUUUGAAUUUUUUAAUUUUGUCUCAUAAACCAUGAUGCUAAAUGUUGAGUUGAUAUUCCUCAAACUGACUUGACCA